AUGAUUGAUUCUAAGCCAAUAAAAUCGGUGGCGGUGAUUGGUGCUGGGGCUGCAGGUGUUAUCACAGCCGCGGCAUUAUCACGGGAGAAGUACUUUGAUACAAUACGCGUUUUUGAGCGGCGUGAUGGUGCUGGGGGCACAUGGAUAUAUGAUGCCGACCCCACACCACCGAUCGAGAUAGCCCCCGGAAAGCUUCCACCAGAUGUUGAUCCUCCGCUGUCAAUACCUAAAACCCUCCCAACGUCAACGCCUCCAAACCGCCAAGAACGAUUCGAGAAAACGCCAAUAUAUGACUCGCUCACCACCAACGUCCCCGACAUCGCCAUGUCUUUCUCCGACAUCCCCUUCCCCGGCGGCCCCUUCGUGCCCCACGAAGUCCCCCACCACUACCUCGAAGACUACGUGACCGCCCACAAGCUCGCCCCUUACUUCGUCUUCAACACCACCGUCGAAGACGUCUCCAAACUCCCCUCUCCCGCAGGCCGCGAGCGCUGGAAACUCACCCUCCGCCGCCACGCCCCCGACCGCGCGGUCGACGAAUGGUGGAGCGAGGAGUUCGACGCCGUGGUCAUCGGGAACGGGCAUUACUCUGUCCCUUUCAUCCCCGAAGUGAAGGGCUUGAAAAAAUACACCACCCUCUUCCCCACGCGCAUCACCCACUCCAAAUACUACCGCACCCCGCACCCCUACGCCAACAAACGCGUCCUCAUCAUCGGCAACUCCGCCUCCGGCCACGACAUCACCGCCGAGCUAGUCUCCCACGCCGCGCUGCCCGUCUACCAAUCGCGCCGCACGGCCUCGCGCUGGGACGGGCCCACGCCGCCGCCGGGCAUGGCGUGGAAGCCCAUCAUCAGCGAGUUCCUGCCCAGCGGGCGGAUCGUGUUCGAAGACGGCUCGCACCUCGACGACAUGGACGCCGUGGUCUACGCGACCGGCUACCGGGCCUCGUUCCCGUUCUGGAACGCGCGCGCGAACGGCGGCCCGAUCUGGGACUACCAGAACGCGAAGGUCGUGAACGGGUACUGGCACACCUUCCUCCACACGUAUCCCACGAUCGGACUCGUGGGCGUGCCGCGCGUGCUGACCUUCCGCAGCUGGGAGUACCAGGCCAUCACGCUCGCGCGGUUGUUCGCGGGCCGGCUGGCGAAGCCGCUCCCGCCCGUCGCGGAGCAGAGGAGGUGGGAGCGGCGGAGGUUGGAGCGGACGGGGCACGAGGGGCUGAAGUUUCAUGAUGUGCAGUGGGAGACGGGGGAGACGCACGGGUGGCUGAGGGGCUUGUUUGAGUGGGCGGGAUUGGGGACGCUGGAGGGGGAGGGGAGGCUGCCGCCGGCGUUGACGAAGGAGGUGGUGUGGGCGAUUGAGCAUUUGCGGAAGUAUCCGGAGCCGGGGAAGGGGGGGAGGGAUGAGGGAGAUGGGGAGGGAGAGGGAGAGGGAGCAGGAGAGGAUGGGUGGGUGGUUGUGACAGGGGCAAAGAAAGAUUUGUUGCAUUUUGUUUAGGCGAGUAUGAGAGAAGAUAGAUUAAUGAAGAGAUUAGACUGCACUUUUCAUAGAAACAUCGAUGAUGUAGGAGUAGCAAUAUCUUACCGCCCACGCCGACUAAUCCCCAACUGCUGCUCCCGAAUCGCAUGCCUCGUCCGAUCCGACACCCGCCUCAGGAUCAUCUGCCACUCAUUCAGUCGCCGGGCCUGGUCUUCAACAACCCUCUCUCGCUCCACGAGCUCUGAUUGCAGUUUCGCAUUCCUCAGCUUGAUCGCUGAAUACUUCGAGUCGAAAUCGUUAACCAGCUCCGCAAACGCCCUCAGUCUUGCAUUCAAUUUCUCCUCCUCCGCCGCCAGCUUCUCCUGCGCGCCCACCAGCGCUAUCUCCCGCUCCCCAAGCCCCACAUGCUGCUUCCUUAACGCCUCCACC